AUGGAACCUCUUCGAGUCCUCCGGACUGUUUGCUCUCUGCGACUUCAUCCUGCUUUCUCUUGCUUUACGACCAUGUGGAACAUCACCUUUAAUCCUCUUACUCGAAGACUUUACCGAUCAAUGAAGAAGGAUAGGAAAGUGCCACCUUACUACUGGAUCCGAAAGACUGCGCUUAACAGAACUCGGGAAUCGCUGCAGAGACGACUCUUGAUUAGCACCUCGUUAACGCCGGCUCCGAGAUUUGCCUCGUUAAAAACUCUGCAGGCGUAA